AAACAAACCCAAGACGAGACACCCUCACCACGGUGUGACACUUAUACACACACUGAAAACAUUUAACCAAAUUUUAUUUUGGAAAAGGAAAUAACUGAGCACAGAGCAGAGCCAGCGCAGCACUAGAGCAGAAACCAACCAAACAUGCAUCAAGUGGUACACAGCAGAAACCGGUGUUGCUCUGCGUAGAAGUGUUACCUACACUGUGCAGGUGCCUUCCGCCAUGGAAACUGCUCAUGCUGGCCGGCGUCUGGUGAGUCAAUGCUGCUGUCUCCCCACAUCUUUGCUAGGGCACCACUUUCUGUAACCUUUUGUUGCUUGUCAUGUGUUGGGUUUGGUUGAGGAUGGAUUUUGAGAGAUGGUGUAUCAAGUCUUUAAAAACUGCUUAGUAACUUAUUUUUUUCCAUCUGCCCGACAGUAAAUGUUUAACCCAUAUGACUGUGGAGUCACUAUCUCACCUGCUGAUGUUUUUUUUUUUUUUUAUUGUCUCUGUGUGUUGUGGACCUUGUCCAUCAACAGUUUGUGUGCUCUGAUGCACUCAGUACUCCAUGAAGUCUUCCUCAGGCUGCCAGGAUGCAAUGGAGUCUUCAAGUUUUACUUUCAAUCCAAAGGAAGGGAUUGAUAAUCCAGCUCUAGUCAUCAAUGAUGAUCCUGAGCCUGAUCCAAGCAUGGUGCCUAAACUGUGCCAUCUGAAGCGACUGGAGGGACAGUGUUUUGGUUUCCACCUACUGAUAGACCAGAGUCAUGGACUUGAGAUCAGAGAUGUAGAGCUGUGUAGUCCUGCAGAGCACAGUGGCCUCAGGGAUGGAGACCGUGUGCUGGAGGUGAAUGAGGAAUAUGUGGACCACACUGACUUCUCCAGGGUUGUGAGGAAGAUCCAGUUAUGUGGCUUACACCUGUUUCUCCUUGUGCUUGGAAGAAAAGAGUACGAACAGGCAGUGUCUAUGGCCAUGGACUUGCAAAUGCUGGCUAAAGCCUCCAAAGGGGACCACUGGUCCAGACCCAGACUGUGUCACAUCAACAGACACCCAGAGCAUGGGCUCGGGAUGACCAUCACCUCAAUAAAUGGUCAGAAGGGCCAGUACAUGGUGAGCACAGUGGUUGAUGGUCCAGCAGAGAAAGCUGGUGUCUGCACUGGAGACAAACUUAUCUGGAUCAAUGGAGUAACAGUGUCAGCGCUCACACAGCCCACUCUCAAGAAAAUUUUGCGGAAGAGUGGGGACUCACUCACAGUGCUGGUCAUUAACAGUGUCGGUGAGUCCUGCUAUAUUAGGAGAAAGAUGCCCAUCCUGCCUGUGGUGGCAGACAGCUGCAGUCUUCCCCAUCAUCCCAAGUUCAUGCAUCUUGUGAAAGGAAGCAAUGGAUAUGGCUUCCUGCUGAGGCAAGAGAGGCUGUCGCAGAGGAUAGUUCAUGUGCUGAGAGAGGUGGAUGCAGGGAGUCCUGCUGAGGCUGCAGGGAUGGAAGACGGAGACCUGCUUGUGGCUGUCAAUGGGGAACUUGUUGAGUCCUUGGAACAUGAGGACAUUGUCCAAAAGAUUAAACAGAGUAAUGAUGAAGUCAUCCUCACCUCUGUGUCAAUGCCUGGAAGAGACUUUUACAGAAUGUUAGGCAUUUCACCCAUGUUUUUUCAUGAUGAAUGCAAUCUCCACUGGAUGAAUAAAAGAAGGCUGACACAGGACAGAGAAGAGAUGGGCUCUGGUUUCCAUCCAUACUGUGUGGAGGUAACUACAAAGCCAUCAGAGAGAACAAAUGAUGCUUUCUUGUGAGGACCCCAGCCUAAAUGACCCUUGCCAUCAGCAGAACGAGAAAGUGGAGGUGCUGUUCAAUCAUUUGUGUGAAAAUUCUUGUAACAUACUGUACGAUAUAUGCUGUGAAGAAUCACAUAUUGUCUCAAUUUAUUAACUGUAUCUUCAAAUACUGUUUUGUCAUGGUUCCUAUGCGAUUUACAGUGUUUCUCUACUACUGUAUUACACUGCUUCUGGAUAUACUAAUUCAUUCAUAUUAAAUGUCUUUCAUCCAAAUCAUCA